AACUAAAGAAAAGAAAAACAUAUGGUUGUUUUUGUUUCAUAGCAAUAUUAGGUUUGUUAUCAUAAAACGAACAUAAUUUUCAUAAAGAUACGAACUUCCGGUCGACUAUCAACGUUUAGCUUUUUUGUUCUUUUUCACUUAAUUUUAUGUUGUUAUCCAGCAAACACAAAGUUAAACGAUUUAUAUUUAUUUUUUUAUUUACAAAAGCGGUUCGUUUUUUGGUAAAAAGUAACUAUUUCUUGACAUCUUUGUCAAAUUAGUGCAAAAAAUGUGGUUUUAAUGUAGUGAAGUUAUGUUUUCGUAUUAUUACGAAUCAUCAUUGUACGAUCUUUACAUUUUGGAAAUGGCGAAAGAGGAUAAACUUAAAAUGCUUGAGUUUUUAAAAAUUUUUUAUUCGGUUAAUAGUGUUAAGUGAAAACGCAAUUUAUAUUAUUAAGUCAAGAAAGCAAAGAAAAUGGACCCAAAAACAACGCCGUUAAUAGAUUUAGAUUUAGAUUUUAAUACAAAUCAUGAAUCCAUCCAAAACAUCUCAAAAAACGUAAACACCGAAAUAUGUGGACAAAACAUUCAGGAAGAAUCCGUAAAUGGUGUUAAUAACCAAGAGAAAGUUGAUUUAACUUCGAUUAAAUCAAAACCACACAAUGUUUUUGAACCUGAUUGUAAGGUUUUAUCGUUUGAAAUGGCCGCUUUUGAUUAUGUUCCACGUGAAAAUUCAAUGGGAAUGACGGUAACAUCUGGCAGCAUUACUAUCAGAAAAGAUUCGAAUAAUCUAAUCGGAAUUAGUAUCGGCGGUGGAGCUCCAUUGUGUCCUUGUUUAUACAUUGUGCAAAUUUUCGAUAAUACAGCAGCGAGUCGUGAUGGAACUUUACAAUCCGGUGACGAAUUGGUUGCUGUUAAUGGACAAGCGGUUAAAGGAAAAACGAAAGUUGAAGUUGCGAAAAUGAUUCAAGCUGCGAAAGAUGAAGUUAUUAUUAAUUAUAAUAAAUUGCACGCUGAUCCCCGACAAGGAAAAAGCCUUGACAUUGUUUUAAAAAAAGUUAAACAUCGUCUUGUUGAAAAUAUGAGUUCUUCAACAGCCGAUGCUUUAGGUUUAUCAAGAGCUAUACUUUGUAACGACACUUUGGUGAAAAAAUUGCAAGAAUUACAAGAUUGUGAAGUUAUGUAUCGCGGAUUGGUUGAUCACAGUAAAAGAGUUUUACAGGCACAUAUUGAUUUACAACAAGCUGUAAAAGCAAUGGGAGAUGUUUUUGCUUCAUUAGCCGUAAGGGAACCACAACCCAGAGCAAGCGAAGCAUUUCGUUUAUUCGCCGAACAACAUAGAAACAUGGAAAAAGUAGGAAACGAUGUCGUCAAAAAAAUCAAACCAGUCCUCUCCGAUAUGGGAACUUAUUUAUACAAAGCAAUUCCCGAUACAAGAUUAACCGUAAAAAAAUAUGCAGACGCUAAAUUCGAGUAUUUAGCAUACUGUUUAAAAGUAAAAGAAAUGGAUGAUGAGGAAUGCGGUUACGCUGCUUUGCAGGAGCCGUUGUAUCGCGUUGAAACGGGAAAUUACGAGUAUAGAUUGAUUUUGAGAUGUCGACAAGUUGCUAGAGAAAGGUUCGCUAAAUUAAGAGCGGAUGUUUUGGUUAAAAUGGAACUUUUAGAUAAUAAACACGUUCAAUCGCUUGGUGGACAUUUAUCGAAACUUAUUAAAGGAUUAGCCGAGUUGCAUACGAAAACUGUUGAGUUAUUAGCUGGACCACCUUUAUUUCCUGUUGAAGUUGAUUUAUCUAAUAGUGCUUUUCAAUAUAAAUCAACAACUCCUAUUGCAGCAGAUUCGGAACAAAAUGACGAAGAAAUUGAAAAUGGAAUCGAAAUUAGAGAAAAUUUAGCUGAAGCAUUAAUCGAAGAUUUGCCAGCUCCUACGAAUGAAAAUGUCGAACAGCCUUUAAUUCCAGGACUAGAACCCGUUCAAUCAGAACCUGAUUAUAGCAACAUGGAUAAUUUAACACUUUUAUCUACAUUGAAUAUUCAAGAAAGUAGUAAUAUUGAUUUAUUGCAAAAUGUGAAGUGAAUUUAUUUAUAAUUAUUUUAAUUACUG